AUGCAGUUGGUGCUCCAGAGCUUCCGACUGCUAAUUGCGGAUCUUUGUGAGCAGUUUGGCAUGGGCCAUCCGGGCUCCGCCAUCGGCAUGGCCGCCCUUGGUGUUGCUCUUUGGAAAUACAUUAUGCGGUAUGCACCGCAUCAGCCUGACUGGUUUAAUAGGGAUCGGUUCCUCUUAUCAAAUGGUCAUGCAUGUCUCUUCCAAUACGCAAACCUCUACCUAUCUGGCUACGAGGCUAUGACUUGGGAGCAAUUGUUAUCGUACCACUCCGAGCGGCCUGAUAGUCUUUGCCCAGGUCACCCAGAAAUCGAGCAUGAAGGCAUCGAGCUUACAACCGGACCUUUAGGCCAGGGCAUCGCGAAUGCGGUGGGUCUAGCUAUGGCUACCAAGCAUCUAGCUGCCACAUUUAAUCGCCCUGGGUACGACAUCGUCAGUAACCAAACCUGGUGCAUUGUCGGUGAUGCAUGUUUACAAGAGGGCGUCGGCUGCGAAGCCUUCAGUUACGCCGGCCAUCUCAAACUCAACAGCCUCACCAUAAUCUACGAUAACAACCAAAUCACCUGCGACGGCAGCGUCGACCUCACAAACACCGAAGACGUAAACAAGAAGAUGGAAGCCUGCGGCUGGAACGUGAUAGACGUGCAUGACGGCGUCAACGACGUCGAAGCCAUCGUGGCCGCGCUCGAGAAAGGCCGAGACCCAAAUCGCACGAAGCCCCUCUUCAUCAACGUGCGCACCAUCAUCGGUGUGGGAUCCGCCGUCGCUGGUCAAGCCGUCGCCCACGGCGUGCCGCUCGGUGCAAACAACGUCAAAGAGAUGAAAAAAGCAUACGGCUGGGAUACCGAUAGAAAUCUCCCUAAGCGCGGAGACCACUACGUUCAGGAAUGGAAGGACCUCCUCGCCGCCUACACAACAGCCCACCCAGACCUCGCCGAAACCUUCAAAGCCCGUAUGGAUGGCGCACUCCCGCCAGAUUGGGAAUCUAUGAUUCCUUCCUCCUUCCCCUCCGACCCUACACCGACUCGUAAAUCGAACAAUCUGGCGAUGUCAAAACUCCUCGCCGAAGUCCCUAGUUUCAUGGUCGGCACGGCGGAUCUCACGCCCUCGGUGAACUUAACAUGGCCGGGAUAUGAGAUCUUCAACCCGCCGGAUUUGCAACCAAUCUCUGGAAAGAAGGGAAGUUAUAAGGGACGAUAUGUGCAUUUUGGGAUCAGAGAGCACGUUAUGGCUGCUAUAGCGAAUGGGCUUGCUGCCUACGCCCCUCAAACCAUUAUCCCCAUUACUUCCUCCUUCUUCAUGUUCUACCUGUACGCCGCGCCUGCUGUGCGUAUGGGCGCCCUGCAGAAGCUCAAAGUAAUACACGUAGCUACGCACGACUCCAUCGGCGCAGGGGAAGACGGCCCCACACAUCAGCCGGUCGAGCUCGCAGCGCUUUACCGCGCCAUGCCGAACAUACUCUACAUCCGCCCCGGCGACAGCGAAGAAGCAGCCGGCGCCUGGCAAGCCGCCCUAUCCCACUCCGCCGGACCCUCAAUGAUCAGCGUAAGCAGGCACGCCAUCCCGCAGCUCAUGGGCCUCACGAGCCGCUCCGGCGUUGCGCGCGGCGCAUACAUUCUCCAAGAAGCAAAAGACGCGGACGUGACACUCAUCGGCGUCGGCGCCGAACUCAGCUUCGCCGUCGACGUUGCCGUAGCCCUCACCCAGCAAUCCAUCAAAGCAAGAGUCCUGUCCUUCCCAAGCCACGCACUCUUCCGACAGCAGCCGCUGGCCUACCAGCGCGAGGUGCUGAGAAGGAAUGAGGGCAUUCCCGCCGUAGUGCUAGAGCCGUAUGUGAGUCUGGGUUGGGAGAGGUGGGCGGAUGCGGGGGUUUGUAUGAGCGGGUUUGGGCAUUCGCUGCCGGGGAAGUAUGUUUAUGGGUAUUUUGGGUAUACGGUGGAGAGUAUGGCGGAGCGGGUGGGGGGUUUUUUGAGGGAGUGGAAGAGUGGGAUGGUGGGGAGGGGGGAGUUUGUGGAGCUUUAG